GUCAGUCUCGCGCAUGAUUUCGUAGUGAGAGGAAGCGUUCCUUCGUUUCGUUGCUUAUUCUUCGACGCGGAAAAAAUCAAUCAUAUUUUCAUAAACGACCAACGCUAAAACGAUUAGUUUACUAUAUUAAAAAAGACGUAAAAGGACCAUCGGGUGAUAAACAAGUAGUGUGUCAAGACGAUCGGUCAGUGAUAAACGAUUAGUGUUGAGUCGCUCGUGAUCGAUCCUUGUGUGUAUCCUGUCAAGGUGUUUUCUACCGUUCUCUGGUCAGGAUAUUAUGCUACCGAUCGCGUGUGCUGUAAGAUCGUUUUGACUCGAGGGGCAGUCGACUACAGAUCACUGGCAAAAUGUUACCACAGACCCCUGACAUUAUUCCUACGACUUUGAAUCAGCAAAAAUGUGUGAAAGCGCGUGCCCUGUACGACAAUAUCGCGGAAGCUCCGGACGAGCUUGCUUUUCGAAAGGGCGAUGUUCUUACUGUCCUGGAACAAAACACCGCUGGCCUCGAGGGAUGGUGGCUGUGCGCUCUGCGAGGUAGACAGGGCAUCUGUCCAGGAAAUCGAUUGAGACUGCUAGUCGGCCAAUAUGAUACAGGGGGCUGUUUGGUUGGCAGCAGACCUGACCUAACCAUUUCUGAAGACGGCAUACAGAGGCAUGGAAAACGGCGUAGCUGGCACGUUCAACCGAACAGGGUGGUAACGCCACAGAAAUGCGGCGACGUGUACCUUUACGAUCUUCCAGCGAGCCGAGGAAGUCCUGCUCCACCCUCCAGGCACGAUUCACCCUUGAAUUCGAAUAACGAGCAUUUACACAACUCAGGACGAUACACAACUGGCAGCAGAAGUUCCGUGGACAACGGUGGCGACGCGAGCGAAUGUUACGACGUGCCACCACGAGCUGUCCCCGUGAUUCCAUCGCCAGCGAGCAGUCCAAGUCCGGCACCCUCGUGCUACGACAUCCCCAGGCCACCUACCUCCUGCACACCGAAUUCGAACUGCUCUGGAGGAUCCGGCGUGACGCCUCUCGAUUGCUACGACGUGCCCAGACCAUUGCAACCCCUUACCCCUAGCAGCUCGGCCUCCAGCCUCACCAACGAUGGAUCCCUCAGCGGAUCGAAUCGAUCCAGUCUGGCUGCACAGGAUUACGAUGUACCUCGAUCGCGUCUUCCAGCAUCCUCUUUACCGUCCCGACACAACACGCCCGUGCCGAAAACGCCGACACCUCCACCUCCGCCGCAAAUGCAGCAGAUCUACGACGUUCCAGUUAGCAAGGAGCUUCCCCUGGAGUUGGACUCCGCUUUGGAAGGUCUGCAAAGGCUGCAGAGCGAGGCAUCCGCAGCGAUAGCCAGGUUACUCGGUUUCGUGAGCCCCACAUGGAGAACGCCUCAACGAUUAGACGCCACCCUAAUGGAUCUUAGGCUUGCUGCGCUCAGGCUGAGAACGUCUUUGCACGAUCUGGCUGAAUUUGCCGAAGGCACGCUGGGGAAUGCGGGCAAAGCACCGGACAAAGGGUUGGCUUCGAAGCUACGACCCCUGGUCAAGGCUCUCCGCGACUCUGACAAGCUCGUGCAGGAAGCCGCGUCCGAACUGGACGCGAUGGAAUGGGACGCGGGUAAACUGUGUCGCGGGGGUGGCGAUACCCCGACACCUACAAACGGGCCACCUUCCUCGCUGUUGCCGCCGGUGCAACCGGAUCCACUCGAUCAGCUGAUCGCGUGCGCUCAGGCACUCACGGAAGACGUUCGUCAGGUCGCCAGUUUCAUUCAGGGCAACUCGACCCUGCUCUUCAAACGGUCGUCGAUCAUUUCAACCGGUAGCAGCAACAACAGCGGCGCCGGCGAGGAUUACGAUUACGUAAAUCUUGAUUCGAGGGAGGUAGUCGCGAAGCAACGCGAGGAAGUGAGGGCAACGCUGCCACAGGAACUACGUAGUAAUUACGAUCUCCUGGUGUCCGAGUCGGACAAUGCCACGAUUCAAAUGCCACCCACGACACCGACACCCAUGGAUCCCAACGACAAACAAUUGCUGGCUUUCUAUGCCGCCCAGGUGAUCACACAUGGCAAUCACCUGACUCACGCCAUUGACGCCUUCAUGCAGACAGUCGAGCAUAACCAACCACCAAAGGUGUUCCUAGCGCAUGGAAAGUUCGUGGUGCUGAGUGCUCAUAGACUGGUGCACAUCGGUGACACGGUGCACAGAAACGUGACGAGGAACGACGUGAGAACACGCGUUCUACAGUGCGCGAACGCUCUAAACGAGGCUCUGGGUCAGACCGUGUCGAAGACAAAACAGGCGGCACAAUUCUUCCCAAGCGUAUCCGCUGUUCAGGAAAUGGUCGACAGCGUGGUGGACGUCUCUCACUUGGCCAAGGACUUGAAGGUCGCCAUGAUUCACGCUGCGCAACAGCCUUGAGCAUCCAAAGAUCAGAUCCUAAUCUCUGACACGAAAGAGGGUAAAGGAGAAAAAGAAGAGAUAUCUUGGAUACACGCGAGCUGAGAACUAUUUGUUAUUUUUCUUUCGAGGAAGAAGUCACGUUACGUGAAAUUCACGACGCCUCCAUCAAGUUCCUUGGAUUGUUUUCUACAAUCCUAAGUUUCUGUUCGCUAGAAACGUAAUGCGACAGUAGGAUCGAUUGGAAGAAGGAAAAUAAAAAUAUAUGUCGUAGCGUGUAUUCACUGCCGAUUUAAUAGAAAAGAGCGGCUCACCUGUUAGAAUAUCGCGAUGUUUAAUCGUCCAGUCAAACGUAGAGAUUUUAACGACGAAGAGAAAUUCGAAGUAAAUUAAAUAAAUGAUGGUAAAAAUUAUAUGAUUAUUGAUUGAUAGAUUUGUUUUAACGAACAGCUAUAAACAAAAGAAAUCCAUCUUUUGGCUCGGAUGAUAGCAAAGUAGAUCGUAGAUACACGAAUUUCUGAUUGUUUAAUCGACGAGAAAAUGAAUUUGGACCAGAGAGGAAACGCCAACUUGCUUUUUCGCCCGACUAGAAACGACAUCCUUCCCUCUUGAACGCAAUAAAGAAUUCUCGAGGCCUAUCGUUACUUAGAGAUACGCAACUGCCAAAGCCACAGGUAUAUAGAACGUAAGGGAAAAGCUCCUUCGAGACGAGCGUAUAUUUGUAAUGUACUCGAGAAUAUAGAGAACGUAGACUUUUCUAGGAAACCAUGUAACCGUGUCGUUCAUUAGCUAGAGGUGUGGAAUCAAUUAAGCGACGUGUAGAACGUGUUCGAAAUAAUUCUCGAGACGUCGGUGUAUUAUUUGCUUGAAAACGAGGAUCAUUUCGAACUUGAUACGCAGUUGUCGUUGCCAGCGUAUUAAUCAUCGUCCUAGGUGUGUAUCAUGUGAAGAGAAAACUCUAUUAAAAUAUGAAACAUUUUCAUUUGGACGCAUAUUUACAAUAGAUUAUACUGCGAUGAAAAUAUUAAUUGGAUUUAAAUGAAAGGAGACUAAAAACAUUGAGAAAAUGGAACAAACGCAACAGCCUAAUAUAUACUGCGAGAAAGAGCCACUGAUGCAAGAAAGGAAUUUUCUCUAAUCGAGAAUACUUUAUAACAGCUACAUUUAUGACAUUAACGUUUAUACAUCAAAUUCGAAGAACGCAAGGAACGCUAUCUUUUUAGAGGCCAAUUUUGAACGAAUUUUAUACCAUUUUACCGCCAUGUCACGACUUUUUCGUGUCAGGCCUUUUUACAGGCUCUUCCAGCAGCAUUAUUCGAUCAAUCGUAAACACACACUGAUGAUAACAAAAAGAAAUUGCAUCGGAUUUGCAGACUGUUUAUAAUCAUUCCAAUAACCUAAUUCGAUUACAAAGCGUGUUCCCUUUACAGGAACGAUGCAGAAACAAUAACUUGGAAACAGUACGAAACGAUACGCCUUAUACACGGUCAUUUUAUCGAUUAUCAUCGGCCGACGACGCUCCUACCGAUUAUAAAACUUUCAUAGCAAUCGAAUCGUUCCCUUAUCGUAGAAAUUAGUUUUAGAGGCAUAGGGCGUAGGGAUUAAAUAACUUUUAUAAUCGGCAGGACUGCUUCUUUUGUUAAAAGAUAAUAUAGAUUUAUGAAAAAUAUGAGCAACGUCUAUAUCUGAUUUUGCUGAAUUUGUUUUUAAAUUUAAUAAAUUGUACUAAUUAUUUUCUCCGAUUAACCGUGAAAAACUACAUUCUUAGGUAUUACGAAAGGUAAUCGACAACCGCACAUUUGUGUCGCAGCUUUAAGAUCGAUUGUAUCAUUCAAAACAUGUAUUUACUUUCCGCCUUUCGAGACGCAGCCUUUUUGUCUUUCUCCUUUUGUACAGGGGAAAAAGAAAACGGAAGAUCGUUCGAGCGAGAAAUCGAAAUGUCAAAAAAGAGAAAAGAAAUUAAGGCGAUCAUCCGGCACUUACGAUUAGGGAGUAUUCACCACGAUAUAGCUUAUAGUUUAUUUUUUAGAGAUUAUAUAAUCGGAGCAUAUCGCGUGAACAUGAACCUCGUUUACGAGACUUGUAUUAUAAUUUAUUGGUGGAACGUUUUUGUAAGAUAAAACGCAUUUUUCAGGCAGUUAGAGUUUACUGUAUAUUUAGAAUUUAUACAUAGGCGAUAUAUCAAUAGGUGCUUGUCACAUUCUCAUUGAAAAUCGUAUUCCGAUUGAUCGUGACGUACUAUUAAGUGAAAUGAAUUUUUUUUUUCUCUUUACAUCGAACAGAAAAAAAGAAUGUGAAACGCACAGAUUACACAAUUGCCUUUAUCGUUUCGCGUCAUUUCGUUUGAUCGUACAUCGUACCUGGAAUUUUCUUUACACCGAAACAAUAUUACAAUCGGAAACUGUUCUUAAGAUUAUGGAAGGUUUUAUCAAUGGAGUCUUUGUCAGCGAAGACUUUCGGUUAACCAUUAAAUAUCGAUGAUUCAUUGAUUACCGUUACGUUAAAUUUAAUCUUGCAUAAAUUAUAUAUAUAUAUAAUCGAUCGAUUAUGAAAUUGGAAAAUUAAUCGACGUAUCGGAUUAGCAUGUCCUUCGAACUGAAUCAAUUAUGUUACUUUAAGGACAUUUACUGUGUACAUAAGUAUAUUUAUAUAUAUAUAUAUAUAUACAUAUAUAUGUAUAUUAUAAUUAUUCCUAUUACAAUGUAUACACAAAUACAAUAAUGUACCAACGCAGCAGUGACAAAGAAAGGAACGAAAUAUUUAAAAAUCGUGCAAUCGUCAAACAUUAAUUUUUAAGCAUAAAAUCAUACUCGUGGAAGUGCAUCAAGUAUUUACAAACAGCAGGGAUAAUUAAAAUCGUUUCACGUAACGCAGAUAUAAAGAUGGAAUGACGAGCAUAAAUAUUUAAAAAGUGUUCUCCUUUAAAAAGUUGGUAUCAUCUUGCACUUAAUUUGCUUGGUGAAAUCUGGGUGAUAAUUUUGUAUACUGGCGCGUUACUUGUAUAUUAUAGUUUCAAUGGUUCAAUAAAGAUUAAUUGAAUACACAGGUAGAAAG